UGCAUGCAGACACGCCACUUAGAGAGAGAAAGAGAGAGAGAGAAAGAGAGAGAGAGAGAGAGAGAGAGAAGGAAGGGAAGGAAGAGAAACAAGUCCAUCGACGGAGGAUCCCGCACAGCCGUCAGUUUUCGACGAGGCCCGUUCGCGACAACAUUGCAUGUGGAGAUUGAGCUGGAGAGCCAGCGGAAAAGUCACGGGUUACAAGACCAUCAACCAAGAUUUUCAUCAUGGAGUUCCGGACGUUUAUUAUGAUCCUGAUUUGCGCGGCCUCCUAUGCGGAGGACUACCGGGACAAGGAGAAGAGCGGCGCGGCCGAUAAGAACGCGAUAGCCGACGAGCCCCCGGAAGGCUACUACGCCUUCGUCGAGUCACCCAAUGCCGAGCCGCCCAAGGUCAGGCAGCCACCCUACAUCGACAGCGACAAGGAGUGCCAUGAUACCGGGAAGCAGGGCAAAGGGUUCGUGUCCGUACACAACAUCUGCGGCGAUCUGAACAAAGGCUACAUACCGAAGAAUCCGAUGAAGCAAAGCUUUGGCGGGUCUUCUUAUCCAUUCGAGCUGAUUAGGAAUCACACGCUCAAGUUUCUGAGCAAAGCUCUGCCGAUACUCAAGGCCGACGACUCGCUUCCGAAGGUUGCCAAAGUUCAACCUUUCUCCCAGAACUCGGUGGACACCAAUCAGAAGCGCAGUCUGCGAAAAAGGCGCGCCGCCGAGGAGGCUAGCGACACCACGCGCAGCGGCAGAAAGUUUUGCGAAAACGGAGGCGGAGUAGUAUGCAUGCUGUACAAAGCCAUCCAAGGCGAGCCAUUGUCGCAGCCGGCGGCCGAGCGCAGGGACGAGCCAGUGUCGGCAGGCGCAGCAGGUCCGGCCAAUUUGGAGUACAGACAACGCGCGCCAAGCGCCGAGAAGACCGAGUACACCGGUCCACCGACGCCCUGCCCGGCGAAAGUCGAAUACGCCACGCCCGUGUUCGCCAAAAAUUACCAGGGCGUCUGGCGCUACGUCGUGCAAAUCCCGUACGAGGGAUACUUCACGCAGACCAUCGAGGUCACACGAUGCAUGCAGUCGAGGUGUCACUAUCUGGACGGCGGUUGCUUGUCAUCGCCCCGUUGGACCUCGCUUCUGGUCGCUGAAAUUUUCUAUCCCGACACCUUCCUGGAGGAGAGUCAAAACGGCGCGUUACCCGGGCGCCGAGAUCCAGUCGCUGGAUCGCCGCCACCGGUGCACGAUUUCCAGAAUUAUCAGCAGUACCUUCAGAAACGUGCCGGCGAGGUGGAAGGUCGUAGUAGCGACGAUACUGUUAGCGGCAACAGCAGUAGCGUGGAAGGACGGAGUACUUCGUCCGGAGCGCAUCACUGCGAUGGAGUCGACGAUAUGGGAUGCUUCCAGGUUCGACUGUACUACGACUGGUUCCUCGUCCCGGGCAGUUGUAAAUGUUGGCGUCCGGAUUAUUUUAAUCGCUACGUUCGUCGUAGCAAUCCAAGCCCCGAAUUAUAAAUACGAAUCCAAUACACAAUACACUCAUUUCAUUUACAGAGUUCAACAGUUCCGCGAUACAAACGGAAUUAAUUAAGCGAACGCGAGUGUAGUAUUUAAGUUGGUUUCACAUGUAACAAAUUUAUACACGUUCGUUACAAAAAAUUCUUAUAAGAUGUAUUCACGGGGGAAUUUCGACACUUUAAAAAAUAGUUAGAUAGGGAAAAAUUUCAAUUGGUAAUUUUUUUUAAAUUCAAGUGUCCAAGUUCUUUCGUUCUGACUGAUUUUAAUUGUGGGAUCAAGAGUAUAAAAGUCAAAUUGUGUCUUUUUAAGAACAAUUCACGAAUAUACAUUGGUGCGACAUUUAAAAAGACAUAUUUUUUAUGACAAUGACUGUAGUUUAUAAUUAUAAUCAGUAGUUCAUUUAUCAACUCUAG